AUGAGCGGAUUGUCUUUUGCUUUCUUGCUGUUGUCGUGUGGACUUCUGUCAGGCUUCAGAGUGAGAGCGGAGGAGAGCCCACCUCGCAUCGUGCACCACCCCUCAGACCUGGUGGUGAGAGCGGGCAGCCCCGCCACACUCUCCUGCAGGGCGGACGGGAGCCCCAAGCCCAGCAUCCAUUGGCUCCACAACGGCCUGCCUGUGGACUCUGCUCUGGGGGACAGUCACCUCCAGCCCAUGGUCCUGUCCGAGGGCAGCAUCUUCUUCCUCAGCGUGAUCGGAGGAAAGAAAGGCCUGACCCACGAGGGGGUGUACACAUGUGUGGCCUCCAGCAGUGCAGGCCGAGCCAUCAGCCGCAACGCAUCGCUCUACAUAGCAGCGCUGCAGGAGGAGUUCAGCAUACAGCCCAGUGAUGUGGUGGUCGCGGAGGGGGAGGUGGCUGUUCUGAACUGCGGGCCCCCGGUGGGUCACCCGGAGCCCAAUGUGUCCUGGAAGAGAGACGGGCUGCCCAUUAACAAGACUGACCAGCACUACACCGAGCUGAGUGGGAAGCUGAUCCUGGCCCCUGCGGACAGGAGCCACUCUGGGUCUUAUGUGUGUGUGGCCCACAACACUGUGGGGGUGAGAGAGAGCAGGGCGGCCCGGCUCACGGUGCUCGAGAAACCUGUGCUACUGAUGAGGCCUCAGAACGUCUCGGUGAAGAUGGGACAGUCAGCUCAGUUCAGCUGCCAGGCCAGAGGAGACCCCCCACCGGUGGUGAUGUGGAGCCGGGACCAGGGGCCUCUGCCCAAUGGAAGGUACCUGGUGAACCCAGAGAAGAGCCUACAGAUCCACUAUGUGACCCCUCAGGACGCAGGCCGCUACACGUGCACUGCUGUGAACGAUGCCGGGGUGGUGACGGCCACUGCACGGCUCAGCGUGGAAGGUUAUUUGAUACCAGAGCCUACAAACAGCACACAGAAAGACUUCCACAAGGAGCUCUCGUCUCUUCGUGUCAUUCUGGAGGCGGUGUCCAUUCUGGCUGCUGGCUCCAACAAGUCUCUCGUCCAGUGGAGGCUGCAGUCCUUCUCAGCCCAGCCCCACUACCUGGAUGGUUUCGAGGUCUUGUAUCGGUCGCUGCUGCCCGCCAGCUCAGACUGGGCUGCUCAGAAGGUGUCCAUGCCGGGGUUCCAGGCUCAGAUCGGCCCACUAAAAAGAGGAUUUAAGUACGAGUUCAAAGUGCGACCGUACGGAGGGAACCUAUACGGGAGAGAGAGCAACACACGCCACCUCAGAGUGCCCGAAACAGUGCCCAGUGCGGCUCCGUCGGCUGUGUCUCUAACAGUGAACCAUGAGCUGAACACGACAGUCAGUGUGAGCUGGGACACGCCCCCACACGACACUCACAAUGGAAUCAUACAGGGAUACCAGGUGUGGUGCGUGGACUCGGCGCAGCAGCAGUACCAGAACUGGACCGUGGACAGCAGCCGCCACAGUCUGCAGAUCUCAGGCCUCAGAGCAGGGAGCACGUACUGGGUCAGCAUCGCAGCGGUCAACGGGGCCGGAGUCGGGAAGCAAAGUGACCCCCAGGCAUUUGUUCUGAGCGGCCCUGUUGGAAGCCUCCCUGAGAAUGCGGACCACACAGAGCCCCCGUCCCCUGUGCUGGGCCUGCUCCGGGACCCCGUGGUGAUCGGCAGCAUUGGCGUCCUCUUCUGGUGUGUGCUCGUGGCUGCAGCUGUGUGCCUGUACAGAAGACACAGCAGGACGGGGCAGCUUGUUCCCAUACACGGCAACCGCAAAGGGUUACACAGACUGGCUGGAGAAGAUUUGAUCAUAAAACACAGGAUGGCAGCCCCUGACUCUCCGUGGAUCGCAGGUGGAUGGAGGCAGGGCCACUUCAAUGAGUACCAAGACCUGUGGGCACAAAGUCAGAAAACGUCCAAACUCAAAAGUGCCAGUCUCCCCGCCCCCUCCUCGAAGGACUCUCACAGUGUAGACUCUGUUCCCAUGGUGACAGACAGCUGUGGCGUUUAUGGGACCUUCUACGUGGACCUGAGCGGCAGCAACCUGAAGACGUUCAACAGCCCCGGACGCUGCCCCAGAAUGCCCCACCAGCACCAGGCCGGGGACCAGGGCACCGAGACCAUCCAGAUCUUCAGCCAGCCGGCCUCCAAGGGCUCGCCACCGCUACCAUGGAAACAGGGGAUAAGGCCGCAGCCCAGGAUGGGGGUCAGUCACAGCAAGCAAGAGCUGCAGGCGGUCAACAGUGUUCCCCUGCUUUCCUCCAAGGCUGAGAUCUGCUCCUCUGACGCCUACAAGCAGAGACAGAGCCAAGGCCCUGCAGCCAAACACGGAGACCCUUCGGCGUUGGUGAAAACAGCCCCCUGCCCACGCCUGCUGCACUACUCUGCCGCCGUGCACUUCGUGGACCUGCUGCCCCCUCCUCCACCGCCGCCCUUGGAGCCCACAGAGACACACAGCCUCUGCUCCGACGAGGGCUCCAGUCACUCCACAAAGCUGACCGAGGACAUGGGCUCUCUGCAGUCUCUGAACACUCCUACUGUGAAGAUCAGACCCAACACUAACGUCUCCAACUACAGCCGCCACUCCACCGCCUCCUACUGCCGCUCCCUGCAGCCGGAGCACAGCUCUGGGGCCACACAGUACCUGGAGCUCAGCCCCAAACCAGAGAGGUGCAGUGUGCUCCCGGAGCAGAGGCCCUCCCUGCCCCCGCCUCUCCCUCACAGUCUGGGCUACAUCAGUGGGGUGACCAUGUCCUCUCAGCCAGACAUGUACUCCACUCUGGACUCGGAGGCUCUGACUGCAAGGGUGAGGCGUGCGCGGGUGCAGAGCUCGCCCUCGUCCUGCUACAGUGACUGGGACAGCUCUCUGUGGAGCACCUGGAGCUCAGCGCUGGAGCGGGACAUGUGCAGCCCACGCACCAGCCUCCUGAGCUCCGUGGACAGCUGCUGCACUCAGGACAGCGCGCACUGGGCGAGGUUGAUGGCGGCGGCCGCGGAGGGCAUGAGCGGAGCCGAGCUGUCAGAUUUCUCUCCGCCCGCCUCCCCUCUCAGCGUUCUGUAUCCGUCAUACCAGCUGGACGCAGACUCCUUCGGGGACCUGGACCCGGCUCCGGCCUGGGACUGGAGGACCGUGUGGAUGGAAGAGAUGGAAGAAAAGUACAAGAACCACCACAGCAAGCCUUUUGACUGCUGA